GCACAAGCCCCUUUUCGAAGAGACGGCGAGAGCGGUCGGACGAAAAUAAAUUUCUUCUCUUCGACAAUUUCGCCUUCGUUCGUUCGCACCGCGAAAAUGGCCUUUUCCACUUUGGCGAGGAACCUCAAAGUUUGCUCCAACGGCAACGCCGUCGUUUUUGCACGUCGUCAUGCCUCCUCCAACGUCGGAUUCAUCGGCUUGGGAAACAUGGGUGGAUUCAUGGCAAAGAAUCUGAUGAACAAAGGCCACAAAUUGGUUGUCUACGACGUUUCGAAAGCAGCCACCGAGGCAUUGGCUAAGGCAGGUGCCACCGUUGGCAAAAGUCCCGCUGACGUUGCUUCCCAGUCCGGCACCAUUGUCACCAUGCUCCCCAAUAAUGAUAUUGUCACGAACGUCUACACUGGAAAGGAUGGCGUCUUUGAGGGACUGCAGAGUGGAUCGAUUCUGUUGGAUUCAAGCACUGUUGACCCGUCCGUUCCCAUUGCCCUGGUGAAACAGGCAAACGCCAAGGGCUCUUCAUUCUUGGACACUCCUGUGUCCGGAGGUGUGAUCGCUGCCCAGUCCGGAGAGCUGACCUUCAUGGUCGGAGGUGACAAGGAGGUGUUCGAAAAAGCCAAGGGCGUGCUCAGCGGAAUGGGCAAGAAACUUGUGCACUGCGGUGACAUUGGCAUGGGCCAGGCGGCCAAAAUUUGCAACAACAUGCUGCUGGGCAUCAGCAUGGCUGGCGUGGCCGAGGCCAUGAAUCUCGGCAUCCGUCUCGGCUUGGACGGCAAAUUGCUGAUGGACAUUGUCAACAACAGCACUGGCCGCUGCUGGUCAUCCGAAAUCUACAACCCUGUUCCCGGACUGAUGCCCAAUGUGCCCUCUGCUCGGGACUACGAGGGUGGCUUCUACAGUGGUCUGAUUGCCAAGGACUUGGGACUGGCCCAGGGUCUGGCCACUCGCACUGGCUCUCCCAUUCCAAUGGGUGCCCUCGCCUCUCAAAUCUACCGUCUCAUGUGUAAGGCUGGUUUGGAAAACAGGGAUUUCUCCAGCGUUUACAAGUUCAUCCAGGACGGACAGAAAAUCUAAAAAUCUCCAUUUAUAGCUUGAAAUGAUAAGCUUUAAAAUAUGUGUCUUCCAUGCAGCUCAAAGCCUACAACGUGCCUUGCCUUGAUAAUAUUGUUAAAAAAAAUUAUUUUUGUUACCGUUCUCUGUGCCAUGAGUUAUAAUAAUCAAAUAAAGGUGAUCUUUGAUUGUAAGAGGAGUGUCAGAUAACCUCAACGGCCAAAUAUCCUCUUACUUUGACACCGUAAUUUUAUCAUGGUGACAAAAGAUUGUUUUAUCAACCUAAGGUCUAGCCGUCCUGUGAAGUAUGCGAAUCGUACUUUUGGAAUCUGUGAAAUAAAAAGCAAUGCCAUUUAUUUUUCUGAAUAAAUCUGAGACGCACUCGUUAUUUAA